AUGGCCGCCAAGGUAGUGCUCGUGGGUGCCGGAUGCCCCAAACGCUCCAUGGGAUGGUACCAUGCCAUUCAAAUGCUCGACACCGAACGCCAGUGUUGUCCAUCGGCAUCCCUCCAAUACGUCGUCGAACCAUGGUACAUGAGUGACGCCGGAUCCAAAAGUCCCGGAGGCGAUGAUUUUGCGGCGUGGAAAAAAGAAUUGGAAGACACCAAAGGAAUCCAAUUCUUUCUCAAUACGACCGACGUGCCACCUCCUGUCAGUGGCGAUCGACGAUUGGCCGUUAUCAGUGCUCGUACCGCCGACAAUCCCCCAAGUUGUUUCAAGACUGUUUGA